UUUAAUUUAAUGUUUAUCUUAUUCUAAAGUUGAAGUAGGAUGUUGUUAAGAAAAUAUAGUUUGUUUUGCAGCUUAAUUUUAACCAUGAUACUUCUUUAUUUGUUGCAGUGAUGUCUGCCAUAAGUGGGCUGCAAGGUGAAAUACAUGGGUUUGGUACAAAUUCAGUGGUUCUUGUUUCAAUAGUAGUCCUGGUAGCUUUGUUCAGCAUACAGCGGUUCGGAACCAGCAAAGUUGGCUUCAUGUUUGCACCUAUACUUGCUUUAUGGUUCUUUUGUCUUGGUUCUAUUGGAAUCUAUAAUAUAGUUAAGCAUGAUAUUAUGGUUCUGAGAGCAUUUAAUCCGGCUUUUAUUUUUUACUUCUUUAAGAAGAAUGGCAAAAAGGCAUGGUCAGCUCUUGGUGGUUGUGUUCUUUGUAUUACAGGCGCAGAAGCAAUGUUUGCUGAUCUUGGUCAUUUUUCGGUACGAGCGAUACAGAUUGCCUUUACUUGUGUGGUAUUUCCAUGUCUCCUCCUUGCUUAUAUGGGCCAAGCUGCUUUUUUGCUGAAGAACCCUACAUCAUAUGCAAGAGUAUUCUAUGACUCUGUUCCAGGAAGUCUUUUCUGGCCAGUGUUUGUGAUAGCCACACUUGCAGCUAUGAUAGCUAGCCAAGCAAUGAUAUCGGCGACAUUUUCAUGCGUAAAGCAAUCUAUGGCUUUGGGGUGCUUUCCUCGGCUCAAGAUAAUUCACACCUCGAGAAAGUUCAUGGGUCAAAUUUACAUCCCUGUAAUUAACUGGUUUCUGAUGGUCAUGUGCAUAGUUGUUGUCUCUAUCUUCCAAAGCACUACUGAUAUUGCAAAUGCUUAUGGCAUUGCUGAAGUUGGUGUCAUGAUAGUUAGCACAACCUUGGUGACACUAGUAAUGCUUCUAAUUUGGCAAACUAACUUGUUUUGGGCAAUUUGUUUCCCAAUUGCAUUUGGAUCGGUGGAGCUCAUUUACAUGUCGUCCGUCCUAUCGAAAAUCUUCGAGGGCGGCUGGCUUCCACUCGCCUUCGCCACCUUUUUCCUCUCCGUGAUGUACACUUGGAACUACGGGAGCGUAUUGAAGUAUAGAAGUGAAGUCCAGGAGAAGAUUUCCUUAGACUUGAUGCUUGAACUUGGAUCAAAUCUUGGAACGGUAAGAGUGCCGGGAAUUGGAUUGCUAUAUAAUGAGCUUGUCCAAGGCAUUCCUUCAGUUUUUUUGCAGUUCUUGCUGAGUCUUCCGGCCCUUCACUCGACCAUAGUUUUCGUCUGCAUUAAACAUGUUCCUAUCCCGGUUGUACCUCAAGAGGAAAGGUUUCUAUUCCGAAGAGUUUGUCCGAAAGAUUAUCAUAUGUUUCGCUGCGUCGUGAGGUAUGGCUAUAAAGAUGUAAGGAAGGAAGAUCACCAUGCAUUCGAGCAACUUCUCAUCGAAAGUCUGGAGAAAUUCUUGAGAAAAGAGGCUCAAGAAACUGCCAUGGAAAGUUGUAACUUACCUGAGGAGGACAUGGACAAUGCAUUGGUGAAAUCCAAGGAUUCUGAUAACAAUAAAGUAGCUGAGGAGCUAAGGAUUCCAUUGAUGCAUGGCCAGAAUAGUUCCGAAGAAACUGGAACUUCAAGUUACAUGUCAUUAGAUGAAGAUGAUGGUAUUGAAUAUGAGGUUUCGGCACUUAGAGAAGCAACUGCAUCAGGGUGCACGUAUCUUCUUGGACAUGGUGAUGUGAGGGCCAAGAAGAACUCCUUGUUCUUCAAGAAAUUGGUGAUUAAUUACUUCUAUGCAUUCCUUAGAAAGAAUUGCAGAGGAGGCACUGCAAAUAUGAGAGUGCCUCAUACAAAUAUCAUUCAAGUUGGGAUGACAUAUAUGGUCUAAUUGCCCCCUUAAUUACUUAUUUAUCAUACUUUACUUAUGCAACCUCAAUUUGGUUAUCAA